GCCCAAUCAGAUUGCUCGUUUCAUUGUGGCUCCGAUUUGAUUAUGUCGGUGCGCAGAACUAGAACAAUACAGGAGGGAAUGGAGCAGAGAGAGGCAGCAUGAGAAUUACUUACAAGCGCUUCUGUUACGUUGCAAUAUUCCUGUAUUGUGUGUUCUCUUGCUAUGCUUUAUACAGUGUUUUCUUUAGGGCCCCGAAGGUGACACACGUUCACAAGGUGGUUAAAUCCUCUCAGCUGCAUCGGUUGCUCAGUCCAAGGGGCAACCAGGGAGGAGGCAGUAGAGUGUCUGCUAAUAAAAUUGAAGAUGAAUGGAACCCCUGGGAAGAGGAUGAAAAGAGUGCACAGGAUUUACAUGUGAAGAUCAUUGAAAAAUACCAGAAAAGUUUACAAAAAAAUCAGCCAUCUCCACCUACAAAGACAGAGCUGUCAGUACAGAUUUGGGGCAAGGCUGCCAUAGGGCUGUACCUUUGGCAGCAUAUUUUGGGAGGACCUCUUGAGCCUGUUGAUGUUACUGCUCCAUGGAGAGAAGGGAAGAUAAGGGAAGGAAGUAUUGACUUAAGUUUUAUUACUGGCCCUGCAGUUGUUCCUGGCUACUUCUCUGUUGAAUCAGAGAAUGUGGUUCUUGUACUUAAUGGACGAGAAGAAGCAAAGAUUUCCUUUGCUGUCCAGUGGCUUUAUUACACAAAGACCCUGAUAGAAAGCCACAAGCUUAAGCACUUAGCUGUUGUGCUGUUGGGAAAUGAACAGUGCAAUAAUGACUGGAUACGUCCCUACCUAAAAAAAAAUGGAGGGACUGUGGAUCUUCUUUUUGUUGUCUAUGACAGUACUUGGAUCAAUGAGGACGAUGUGUACCAGUGGCCUCUGGGAGUUGCUACAUACAGAAACUUUCCAGUUGUGGAACCAAAUUGGUUAUUGGUUCAGGAUUUGCGGCCAUACUCAUGUAACUUUUUAGGAACUGUUUAUCAGAAUUCAUCCAGAGAGAUACUUAUGGAUGUUGUUAAAAAAGAUAAUCUUGGUCAACUUUGCUGGAUCUUACCCAGAGAACAGUGGCAACCACAGGAAACAAAUGAGAGUUCUAAGUUUUAUCAUGAUGCAUUACUUCAAAGUGACCUGACUUUAAGCCCAGUUGGCAUCAAUACAGAAUGCUACAGAAUUUAUGAGGCCUGUUCUUAUGGGUCUGUUCCUGUUGUGGAGGAUGUAAUGACACCAGGAAAUUGUGGGAACUCCUCUAUGAGCAGCAAUGCCCCUUUAAGUCUACUAAAAUCUAUGGGGGCACCAUUUAUUUUUAUUAAAUCAUGGACAGAACUUCCUGCUAUUUUAGAACAAGAGAAAAAUAUGACCUACCAGGAAAAGGUUCAGCGUAGAGCAACAAUUAUAAAAUGGUAUCAGAAGUUCAGAAUACAGCUAAAGGAAAAAUUUCUGCGAGCACUUAAAGAGAGAUUUCUACACAGAGAUCAAAAUGUACAGUAAAAUGUGUUACAGGUAUGGGACCAGUUAUCCAGAAUGCUCGGGGCCUGGGGUAUUCUGGAUAAGGGGUCUUUCCGUAAUUCGAAUCUCCUACCUUAAAUCUACUAAAAAAUAUAUUUAAACAGUAAUUAAACCCAAUAGGAUUGAUUUGGUUCCAAUAAGGAUUCAUUAUAUCUUAGUUGGGAUCAAAUACAAGGUACUGUUUUAUUAUUACAGGAAAAAAAGGAAAACAUUUUUAAAAAUGUGAAUUAUUUCAUUAAAAUUGAGUCUAUGGGAGAUGGCCUUUCCGUAAUUCGGAACUUUCUGGAUAAUUAAUUUCUGGAUAAGGGGUCCGAUACCUGUAAUAGAAUUAUCCUUGACCAGACUCUUAAAUGUGGGCUACAGCUCAACAGUUACACCAGUGCAACAGAAAUGCAUUUUGAAUGAUAAUCACUUCUUCCAUGUGUGCACCCACAGGUGAAUGCCAUUACCAUAAGAAUGGAAGGAUACUAGAAACGUAUUUAUAGGUGGACUGCCCACUUUACAAUAUCACCCAUGCAGUUCAUUCACAUUUCAAAAAUAUAAACUUGAAUUUAUAAAUGAA